AUGGCCUCCUCCGCUCCCAACGGCGUCCAGAACAAGGUUCUGGACACCAUCGCCCGCACGCCCGGCCGCCAACCGUCGCCCCAACCCACUCACCUGAGCGUUCCCGGCUCCACACAUCACCGCGUGCUGCACGAGGAGGGUCCGGGAUAUGUGGCGCCGAAGUUCGAGGGCAAGGAGCAGCAGAUGGAGACGGUCAUGGAUCAGGUUGAGGAGAAGGGUUUCAUCCCGGCCGACUUCGUCGAGUCCGAGACCAAUUGGUUCUACAGUGAGCUGGGCAUUGACGACAGCUACUUCGCUACCGAGUCUGUCGAGGCCAUUGUGAACCACAUCCAUUCGCUCUACGCUGCCAAAAUUGCUGCAUAUGCCCGCGAUGACAAACUUCUCGAGAUCCGCCUGGACAAGGAAGCCGCAGAUCACGCCGUCUACAUCGACACCAGCAAGCCGGGUGUCAGCAACAUGGAUGGCCCGCAGUACGAGCGACGCAUCGACCAGAAGUACCUCAAUGCCUCGCCUGGAAGCAGUCUCUACCGCGUUGAGACCUUCCGCUCUGCCGGCCUGCUCCCCGGCGGGAACGAGCAACAACUCCGGUGCUACUUUGUGUACCAGUGCGAGUUUGCCAAUGAUGCAACGACGUCCGCUGAGGAGACCCAGCUGGAGAAGAUCGGCGAGAAGCGUUUCUUGCAGAAGGCGACCAAGAACACCAAGGAGAUUUACAAGCAGGUCCUUGAAAAUGCCGUCAUGCGCACAGGCCCCGUCAUCGAGUAUUUUGACAUUGAAGGCUCACGCGAGAAGCGCUUGGUCAUCGCCUACAAGCAGGGCUCUGCACUUGGCCUGUUCAGUGCCUUGAGCGAUCUGUACCACUACUACGGCUUGACCUCGUCGCGCAAAUACGUCGAACAAUUCUCGAAUGGCUACACGGUCAUGUCCAUCUACUUGCGCCACGCCCCACAAUCGGUCAGCUCGGCACGUCAUCCGCCAAUCGAAGCCUCCGUCCACCAGAUCAUCAAAGAGGUCUCUUUGCUGUACUGCAUUCCGCAGAACAAGUUCCAGCUGCACUUUGCCUCGGGCAGGCUGAGCCUGCAGGAGACCAUCUAUGCUCACUGCGUGUGGGUUUUCGUCGGUCAUUUCCUCAACCGAUUGGGCUCUGAGUAUACCACUUUGUCGUCAAUGCUGGACAGCAACAACAGCGUACACGCCGAACUGCUUUCUAAGCUCAAGCGCCGUCUCCGUACGGAGACGUUCACCGCGGACUACAUCCUCGAAAUCAUCAACGAAUACCCUGAGCUCAUCCACUCGCUCUACUUGGCAUUCGCCAACACACAUUACGUGCAGACCAGGGGUGAUCAGGACGACUUCAUCCCGACUCUGAGUUACUUGCGCAUGAAAGUCGACAAAGUCUUGAGUGACUCGGAGCUUGAGGGGCUGAUCGCCAAAAAUGUGACCAACGAGCAUCAUGCCAUGGUUAUGACAGCUUUCCGAACCUUCAACGCUAGUGUCUUAAAAACGAAUUUUUACACCCCGACGAAGGUUGCGUUGAGCUUCAGGCUCAACCCUACCUUCCUCCCACCUUCAGAGUACCCACAGCCUUUGUACGGCAUGUUCCUGGUGAUCAGCUCUGAGUUCCGCGGUUUCCAUCUUCGCUUCCGCGAUAUUGCACGUGGAGGCAUUCGCAUCGUGAAGUCGAGGAGUUCAGAAGCCUAUGCUAUCAAUGCUAGGUCACUCUUUGACGAAAACUACAACCUUGCGAACACCCAACAGAGGAAGAACAAAGACAUUCCCGAGGGCGGCUCCAAGGGUGUCAUUCUUUUGGAUGUCCGCCACCAAGACAAGGCCACGGUUGCAUUCGAGAAGUAUAUCGACAGCAUCCUGGACCUGCUGCUUCCUCCAUCCAGCCCAGGUAUCAAAGACCCGAUCGUCGAUUUGCACGGCAAACAGGAAAUUCUGUUCAUGGGGCCGGACGAGAACACUGCCGAUCUCGUUGACUGGGCUACGGAACAUGCCAGAGCAAGAGGAGCGCCUUGGUGGAAGUCAUUCUUCACUGGCAAGAGUCCCAAGCUUGGUGGAAUCCCGCACGACCGCUACGGCAUGACUACACUCUCUGUCCGCGAAUAUGUGCUCGGUAUCUACCGCAAGCUCAGCCUUGAUCAGACCAAGAUCCGCAAGCUUCAAACCGGCGGACCGGACGGUGAUCUCGGCUCCAACGAAAUCCUUCUGGGUAACGAGCAAUAUACAGCGAUCGUGGAUGGCUCCGGUGUCCUUGUCGACCCUAACGGAAUCGACCGUGAUGAGCUGGUGCGCAUGGCGCAGAACCGCGUCAUGAUAUCGCAGUUCGAUACAGCCAAGCUCUCUCCGGAGGGAUACCGUGUUCUAGUUGAGGAGAACAACGUCAAGCUGCCCACCGGCGAGACCGUCAACAACGGAACACAGUUCCGCAAUACCUUCCAUCUGCGUGAUAGCUCCGCGUACGAUAUCUUCGUUCCAUGUGGUGGCCGUCCUGAGUCCAUCGACCUUGGAACGGCCAACCGACUCAUCGUGGACGGCAAAUGUCUCAUCCCAUACAUUGUCGAAGGCGCCAACUUAUUCAUUACCCAGGAUGCCAAACUUCGUUUGGAGAAGGCAGGGUGCAUCCUUUACAAGGAUGCGUCUGCCAACAAGGGCGGUGUUACCUCGUCCUCACUUGAAGUCCUUGCCUCGCUCUCAUUCGAUGACGAGGGCUUCAUUGAGCAUAUGUGCAUCCGCGAAGACGGUUCUGCGCCAGAAUUCUAUGACGAGUACGUCAAGCAAGUGCAGCAGACCAUCAAGAACAACGCCGCGCUCGAGUUCGAGGCGAUUUGGAGAGAACACCAGGAGACUGGCGAGCCUCGUAGUAUACUAAGUGACACGCUCAGUAUAGCUAUCACCAAGCUUGAUGAGGAGCUGCAGAACACAGAGCUAUGGGACAAUGUCGAACUGAGAAAGUCUGUCCUAAGUGAUGCGCUACCAAGCCUCCUGCUUCGGAAGAUUGGCUUGGAAACCAUCAUGCAACGGGUCCCUGAAAAUUACCUUCGUGCCAUCUUUGGAAGCUACUUGGCCAGUCGGUUCGUGUAUCAAUAUGGCAUCUCUGCAAGCCAGUUUGCUUUUUUCGCCUUCAUGAACAAGAGGAUGGCUCGUCUCAGGCAGUAA